ACCAUGUGGACCCCAUCGUAUGACAUCAUAAUCGAAACAUUGACCGGAUCCGAGUUCGAGGUGACGGUCAACGAUCGAGACACAGUUGGAUAUCUGAAGUCGGAAAUUCAAAAAUAUGAAGGCAUUCCGAUCAGCCAGCAGCAUUUGCUGUACAAUCACAAGGAGCUGAGCGACGCGAUGGAGAUGAAAGAUAUCCCACUGGUGAAGGGUUCGCGCGUGAAGCUUGUUCUCGGCAUGAAGGGAGGCCCAAUCUCCUCCAAGCGACUCUUCACGAUAUCCUCAGACUACGACAACUGGCUUGACAUGAGCGAUGUACUGUCCGGCGAAGAUUUAAUAAACCUGCAGAGUCCAGGAUUGAAGCUUCUUCUCUACAAAGACAGCAAAAAGAACGUUCAUCGAUUGAUGAAGGUUCGGGCAGAAAAAAGUUGCGAUGGCAUGAAGGGGUCGAUGUCGCGUUCCAUUAUUGGAAGCGGUGCUUCCGGGCAGGGUUCAUAUGGUCCCGGGAACCUCAUCAGCCAGAAAGAACGUGAUGCUGCAAUAACUAAGCAGAAAAUGGAUCAAAUUAAGGCUAAGUUAAGUAUGAAAAAGAAAAGACUCGGCGGUACACAGGUUAAUAACGAGGAAGAAAGUGUACAUCUGCAACAAUCGAAACCAAUGGAACAGUUAGAAGAUCGUGCCGGAUUUGGUUUGAACGAUUUUGCCGAGAGCGGUAGCAGCAAGGCAAUUCGCAAUCCAACGCAACAGUACCGACACAAGAAACGGCAUCAUCACUAUCACCAUCAUCAUCAUCAGCACCACCCGCAUCAACAUGAGACUGUUAUUAAAGAGGAAAAGACACCCAUAGGCUAUCGGCCAGGAACGGCAGGGAGUGGAGGUGGCGCAGCGCUUGUAGCCAGUGGACACAACGCUUCCAUGGUGGGAACGAUCGGAUCCAUGUUACCAAGUGCCGGAACAGCAAGUUCCGCACACCGCAAAUCCAUGCCCACUGUGAUUGAUAUUGGCCGGUCGGAGCAAGAACAGACCAUACCACCCAUAAGCUACGGGUUGGUCAACCUAGUGCACGGUUCGACCGCCGCCACUACUGCAGGGCGUUCACCAACCUUGGAGCUAGAAAAACGAUCUCAAAUUAGAGAACAUCUGCAGAGAAACCGUUCCUUCAAAACUAUUAGCGCGAAAAAUUUGGAUUUUGUACGCGAAGGUUCACCACAGGUUAGCGGUGGUGGCUUAAGCGAUAGACACUCCGGAUCGGCCGGUCUUGAACGAUCACUAUCGUUCCAUUCGAACGGCAUAUUGAGCCGAAUGGGAUCAGAAACGACACUAGAUAGCGGUUACAGCAACAUUCGGCGCUGUACCGCUGGCAGCCAAUUGCGUAAUAAUCACGCUAGUCUAGGCACACGGCACGCUGGUAGUGGAGGUGGAGGCGCAGCAUGUACGACACAGUCACUACACAAGUUGGAUGAGAGUCGUGUAUCGUCCGCUUCGUUGCAUGACCUUAUCGAAUUGCUGAAAUACACACAAUCAAAACAGCGCACCAUUUCUAACGAUUCGCUCAAUAAGCUGAUGCUGAACUACUCGAAGAAAGUGUACGUGCCGCACCAUCUGUAUCAUCAUUCGCAGACGGGUAAAAAAUCGCUUCCAGAGAUAAAUCCCUCUUUGAACAACAUCGAUGAGUAUUUACCAGACUAUGACUUCGGGUUGAAGACUUCUUCCGGCACGUCUUCAGCAACUACUGCUGCUAGUGCAGCAUCUGCAGCAGCUGGCGCUAUACCGAAGAUGGCGACGAGAAGCGAAGAUUCAUUAGACUGCAAGAUUGCUUCGGCGGAAUAUGCCUUUAAGAAUGCUGGCAGUGGAGGAAUGGACAAGUCGUACCGCACGCUGUACAAAACAACGUCAGAGGAUAACAGCGUUUACGAACUUCCGAAAUUACUCAUCCGUGAAGAUUCGCCGGUCGAAUCGUUCCUUGGCUCCUACUCGCAACUGGAAACAGUCGCAGCACGGCGAGGGGAGUCACCCAAAAAUAAUUUUACCUCUUCAACCCAUCUGCAAGAUAUGGAAGGUACAGAUUCACUCGAUCCGGAUACGCAAAGUGUAUUGCCUGAACCAGGGAUGCUGGAACUAAGACCACUACCCAGCAGCUCAUCGGCUGCGAUUGUUGGCGAAGCGAAGUUAGCAUCAGAAUCCCUGCUUCAAUUCGCGCAAAUUGCAGCCGAAAGCGUAAAAUCAAGCCAGACUACCGCCACAUCGUUAAGCUCGAGUUCGCUGUUCGGAAGCAAUAGUAGUCUAACUGGUACGGCGGUCGGUGGUGACAGUACAGGCUUUGCAGGCGCUACAGUGAACGGUGGUGGUAGUUCGUCUGCUGCCUGGUGCCAACACUGGAAUCAUCGGCAAGAACAUCAGCAACCGCACGGUGGUAAUUUUGUUAGUUCAAACGAUUCGCAUUUGAUAAAUCCCCGGCGCCAUCAUUCGGAUUUGGAUAUCAGCGAGCUAGAGUUGAAGUUUAUUAAUACCGAUGCGAAUGUGUCGAAUCGUGUUCCCGAAUGUGGUAACGUAACGAAUGACACAGGCGACUACACAAACCUUAUCAAACUACCGGCGAUACCAAACCUGGGCACAGAUAACGGCUGGCUCCAGUUAUCAUCGUGGGACACUGUGCGUUUCGGGCGAGAAGACGAAGAUGCGGACGACGAGGAAGUGGUGGACGAAGAGGACAUACCCGACCACGAGGAAGUUGAUCACGAUGAGGAAGAUGAUGAAGAAGAAGAGGAAGAGGACAAUGAGCAGGAUCGAGACAGAGUUACAUCAUCCUCGUGCUCUUCCAUACGAAGACCGCGCGAAUCUUCGAACUCGACCAGUUUCAUUCAUAGUCACCUUUCGAUAUCAUCCGAUGAGGAUGAUCUGCUGAAUGUUGCAGAAAUGCGUGAUGGUGCUGGCGUAGUUGGAGGUGCUUACAAACCAGGCGGUAACAAAUCAAAAUCGAUCGACCUAAACGAAUUUCGCAAAGCGUUCGGUAGCAGUCCAACUCUUUUGAACGGAUUUCGUGGAGGAGCGAGUUGUACCCGACUUGUACCACAGCUUUCUCGUCUCGAGACAAUUCCCUCGCAGUACAGGCGAGGCUACACCAACUUGAACGAUGCGUGCCUCUCGAGUUCUACCUCGGAACUGGAGUGUGUAAGCAAUGGAGCGGCCAAGAAAAAGCAUCCAGGAUUGUUGCCUCCACCGAACGACGAUUCGAGCGUUCUUUCAUCGACAUUGCUAAAGUACCGCAAAGAUGGCAGUGUUCCUUACGUGCGAAGUAACGAAAAUUUAAAUCGGUACAAGAUUUCGUUGUGCUCGGGCCCUGCGGCACGUCGGCGUAUGGGCGACAGUGAUGAAGCUCUUGCUGGAAGCGAUGCCUUGUACCUGAGGCAGCGGCAACAGUCGAUAGGCGCCGGUCGACAUUUGCCAAGCAUUCGCGAUCAUCUAGCCAGCAUCGCAGAUUCGGAAGCAAACGAAACGGCGGACGGCGCUUGUAACGGUAACAACAGCGUUAAUGCAUCCAAUGAAAAUGCCAACCCGAAUCGCACCUUCGUGGUUAGUGGUGAUUUUGAGAGUAGAUUUUCAAGAUUAAGUUGCUGUUCGGCUCCAAGCGUAGAUGUUCCUUCGAAGCCGUUCUCUCCCGGUGGUAAUCGACCAACGGGAACAUCGAACUAUCGUACUAAGGAACAUUCGUCGACUGUCGGUAGUAGUGCAGGACUGAUGCGAACCACAUCAACCGCUGACGAUCGUAGUCGCUUCUUGUUUGGCGAGGACUCAACCUCAUUGCAGUAUAAUGGAAGCUCAUCUUCGGCACAUCUAAAGCCGACGGACUAUUACUUCCCUUCGGACGAAAGUUUGUUCAAUAUGGAUUCGUUUUUUGACGAUUUCGUUGAGAUUGACACUAGCGACAUAUUUGAAAGUACAGAAUUUAUCAAUAUUAAAUCUGGCUCUGGGGGAAGAAAAUGUGAUUCUUCCUCUAACGCCUCGACGACCCUUGUGCUGCCCGAUAUACAUCCGAAGCAGCAGCAUCCGCAGCAGCCUCCGUCGCAGCAACAGUUGAAUCACCAUACAUUGCAACGUUCACAGUACGGUGUCAACGAGAACUUGGAACUGCAACAGCAUCAGCUGCGAGUGCUUCGAAAUUUAAAGUCGUUCACUUCGACAAGUGGCGAUGAUGCUCGAAAGCAAUACUUCCGAGCCGGAAACGGUCAGGGUAGCUCAUCAGUAACGGAUUCCGACGGUGUAGCAGAAGGAGGUAUACACUUUUCCGCCCAUCGAGCCUUCCUGCAAGCCGGCCAGAAUAUGCGGGACGCGGAGGAGGAAGGUAUCGCUUCAAUCAUUCAACACAUCGAUCAAGAACGGUUGUGCGAACAGCGCACAUCGUCAUUGCCGCCAGACGCGACGACGGCAUCUUCCAUAAUCUUUCGUGAUGAUAGUGAAAGACUGUUGAGGCUCACGGACUAUCCUGCAGAUCGCAACCCGCAAGCUGUAACCGGUGGAACGAAUGCAAACGGAACUCAACACCAUACAACGGAACAGAUCAAAUCUAAGAAGCUGCGGUGCGCUCAGUGCAACAAGAAGCUGGGCGUCAUCAUGAUCAUGAAGUGUCACUGUGAGAAAAUUUUCUGCGCACAGCAUCGAUACGCCGAGGCCCACAACUGUUCGUACGAUUUCAAAGUUGAGGGCCGUAAGGUGCUUGAGAAGAAUAAUCCACUUGUUGUGGCGGAUAAGUUACCGAAGAUAUAA